UUACAACCCCUCACACCCCCCACCCCACCCCACUGUACCCCCUAAAUCCCCCUUCAAACGAGCACUGGCCAUCCGGCAAACACCUCUAAUGGCCGGCUGGCCUGGAGGGCGCUGCUAUGAGCAACAAGUGCGUCCCGUCCGUCCCGCAGCCCACGGUGGAUGUCGCCCAGCCUCUGGACCACCUGGAGACCACGCCGAAGACCACCAGCGGCACCUUUUUGUUUUUGGAGUGUGCGUUUGUAUGUUUCUAAAUGGGGAGUGAAACGGAUGGUGGUGGAUUGCGUGUUGAUUUGACCUGAACGCUGUGGGUUUAAGUGUGUGGGGUUUGCGUAUGUUGGUGGUCCAUGCCAGUGGAAAUGCUGGGGUGUCCGGCGAGGUUAUUUUUGGAUCACUGACAUCGUGUCAAUGGCUACAGAUGCAUCGCAAAGGAAGGCUCUGAGCUACCAACAGACUUUGCUGUACGGGGAGUACAGGGAGCAGCUGGGAAACUUCGCCCGACAGGAGGCGGCCCGUUUGCUGACAGAGCGACAAUGGCGGAGACAGGCGGGAGAGAACAAUGCAGCGGCGGCGGUGGCGGGCAAAGGGACCGGACGGCAGCAUCAGCUUCAUCAGCAUCCUGUCACCUUGGAGUCACAUCUCAGUCACAGCUCGUCCACCAAGAAGCCACGCUCCUAUUCCAAAUGUCAAGAUUGUUUGGUUCGCGCGCGACGUUACAUUGUCACCAAGAUGGGAGAAGACUGGAUCUUCCUGGUCCUCCUAGGCCUGACUAUGGCGCUGGUCAGCUGGAGUAUGGACUACGCCAGCGCCAAGAGCCUGCAAGCCUACAAGUGGAUGCACGGGGAGCUGAAGGGCAAUGUGGCGCUCCAGUACCUCGCCUGGAUUAGCUAUCCCAUGAUCCUAGUCAUGUUCGCUUCGCUCUUCUGUCACCUGGUUUCCCCGCAGGCCAUCGGUUCCGGUAUCCCUGAGCUUAAAACCAUCUUGAGGGGUGUGGUUCUGAAGGAGUAUCUAACCCUGAAGGCCUUCGUGGCUAAAGUCAUUGGUCUGACUGCAGGCUUGGGCAGUGGGAUGCCAUUGGGCAAAGAGGGUCCAUUCGUCCACAUUGCCAGUAUCUGUGCCGCAGUGCUGAGUCGCUUCAUGUCCAUCUUCUCUGGCGUCUAUGAGAACCCUUACGGUUACACAGAUAUUCUGACUGUUGGCUGUGCCGUCGGGGUGGGAUGCUGUUUCGGCACUCCACUGGGAGGGGUGUUGUUCAGUAUUGAGGUCACGUCUACGUACUUUGCAGUGAGGAAUUACUGGCGGGGAUAUUUUGCCGCCACGUUCAGCGCCUUCAUAUUCAGGGUGCUCUCUGUAUGGAACAAGGAUGCUGUCACAAUCACUGCUCUCUUCAAAACCAACUUCCGAAUGGAUUUCCCCUUCGACCUGCAGGAGCUGCCAGCGUUUGCAAUAAUUGGGAUCUCAUGCGGGUUCCUGGGGGCGUUCUUUGUCUACUUGAACAGACAGGUGGUUCUGUUUAUGAGAAGACCCACAGCGCUCACACGCUUUCUGACCAAGCAUCGGUUGAUCUAUCCAGGCGCAGUCACGCUGAUCAUCGCCACCUUCACGUUUCCUCCUGGAUUUGGACAGUUUAUGGCUGGCGAGCUCAUGCCCAGAGAGUGCAUCAACUCCCUGUUCGACAACUUCACCUGGGCCAAAAUCGCAGCAUCCUCCCCUCCGCCUGGUCUGGGCCGCUCGGCCGUGUGGCUUCACCCUCAGGUCAGCGUCUUCGUCAUCCUCCUCCUCUUCCUUGUCAUGAAGUUCUGGAUGUCAGCGGUUUCCACCACCAUGCCCAUCCCCUCGGGCGCCUUCAUGCCAGUGUUCAUAUUAGGAGCCGCUUUUGGUCGCCUCGUAGGGGAGCUCAUGGCCACUCUGUUCCCCAAUGGAAUCUUAUUUGACGGGAUUGUGUAUCGCAUCCUGCCGGGGGGCUACGCCGUCAUCGGUGCGGCCGCCAUGACUGGUGCUGUCACUCACACGGUUUCUACGGCGGUGAUCUGCUUCGAGCUGACAGGUCAGAUCUCCCACAUCCUGCCCAUGAUGGUGGCGGUCAUUCUGGCCAACAUGGUGGCCCAGGGUCUGCAGCCUUCGCUCUACGACUCUAUCAUCCAGGUGAAGAAGCUGCCGUACUUGCCUGAGCUGGCUCUCGGGCACAUCAGCAAGUACAACAUCUUUGUGGAGGACAUCAUGGUGCGCAAGGUGAAGUUCUUGUCAUCUCGCUCCACCUAUCGGGAACUUAAUCAUUUGCUGGAGACCACGACACUGAAAACCAUCCCCCUUGUCGACUCCAAAGAAUCCAUGAUUCUUCUGGGCUCCAUCGAGAGGAUUGAGCUCCAAGCCGCCAUCGACUGGUGGGUCUCGCCAGCCAGGCGGGUCUUUGAGAGAGGUCAGAGUUCACCGGGCCUAGUCUCCAAAAUCAGCUGGGAGUCGUUCACCUUCGUGGACGAGGAGGGCGGCGACGAAGGCGCACACAAGAGUGCACCAGUGUUGGACGAAUGUAAUGGGCCCAUCCCGUCCCCCAAACUUCAGGAGCCAUCCAGCAAUCACACAAGCUCAGAUAAGCGCAAAGCACCAUGUGUUAGGAGGACCCUUCAGAGAUUCUUCUCGUCAUCCUCGUCGACUGGACAGACCGACACGCAGGACACAGCUCCCCCUACAUUGACUGACACCAUGUCCCCAGAGGAGAUCAAAGCCUGGGAGGAGACAGAAAUGGAUAAGCCAAUGGAUAUGGAGCAGAUUCGCAUUGACCCCUCCCCCUUCCAGCUGGUGGAAAGAACGUCUUUGCACAAGACCCACACUCUGUUCUCUCUGCUGGGUCUUAGUCACGCCUACGUCACCAGUAUUGGCAAGCUGGUGGGUGUGGUCGCACUCAAAGAGUUACAGAAAGCCAUCGAAGGCUCGACUCGCAGCGGCGUGAGGCUCCGUCCUCCGUUGGCCAGCUUCCGGGACGCCAGCAGGAAAUCCAAGAAGCACCAGUCGCCCUCGUCCGCCCCUUCCUCCCCCACGUGGGACAGAGACCUUUGGGGCGAGGAGAGCAGGAGGGACAGCGAGCCGGCGAGGAAGGAGGAUUCCCGAGGGGUGCCCGCCCGCGACGCCCCGUCCCCGGCCAGCGGCGGCGAAUCAACCAGCACGCACGAGCCGGGGUCCCUGUCCACCUCGGUCUCGCCCACUGAGUCGCCGGGCUCGCCCGCCGCUGGCCCCGUCCUUACGCUGUCCUCCCUGCAGGAGGAGCAGGAGAGCGAGGAGUCGGAUGAGCCCAUCUAGGAAGAAUGAGUCGGGUCACAAACUUUGUGCUCUCAGCGAGCCGACUUUUUCUACUUUUUUUUUUCACUCUUCAACUCUCAGGUGCCUUCCUGUGUCUUUUACAAACUCUAAAGCCCUUUUUGACAUCUAUGUCCUUCUAUAAGUGGCUCUACACUAUGCAGAUCUGCGUCAGUGUUUGCUUAUUGUCACCAAGAAGCUCGAUGAAAGACUGGCAGCGCUGUAUGACAAUGACAAACUAUAUUAAUAUAGACUUAAUUACAUCAACCUCGAAGAGGAUUUAAUGUUUACUGAUUGAGAUUAAUUUAAAUGUAUGAUUUGCCCUAAAAUCGCCUAUAAUGCUCUUUCAUUUUUAAAAAUAAUAAAUGGGGAAACAUUUA